AUGUCUGCGACGAUCUUGGAUGAGCCUUAUACUUUGUCGCCAUCAGAAAUACAUGAUGCGGACUCGAUCCAGCCCACCAGCUCGCCAGAAGGAUCUGAACGAGGAGCGGGGCCAGUGCAGACAGUUGGCGGGAUCAAUUCGCUGACCUACUCGUCUGGAUGGCAGCGCGAUGAUAGCGCCAGGGCUCAAAAGACAUACGACGAUGGUAUGAAUGUGGAAGGUCAGAUUUAUGAAGAGAUCGAGCUGGCGGACCUUCAUGGGACGGUGGCGGAGAAUGCACCGCCUGGGGAAUACGCGGGUGAGGAUCAGACUACGAGGGCGCAGGAGCAGAGAGAGAAGAUUGCGAUUAACGCCUUUCCCAAAAACAAAUACCGUAUUCUGAGCUCAGCCAUCGUCAUCUUUGCUUUAGGACUUAACGACGGAGUCAUCGGAGCACUAGUUCCGUACAUGGAGAGCUACUACGGGAUCAACUACUCGAUUGUGUCGCUCGUCUGGCUUGCCAACUCGCUAGGCUUCAUCACAAUCGCAAUUUCAGGACAGUACAUCUACACCCGAGUUGGCCGCGCGGUAAUGAUCGCCGCAGGGCCUUUGUUUCUGACGACUAUGUAUGCGGUCGUGGGACCGGCUCCGGUUUACCCCGUCGUGGCUACGUUCUUCUUCUUUGGUGGUGUAGGAAUGGCUCUUAUUCUCGCGCAGGUCAAUGUCUUUUUAUCGUACCUGGAGCAUACCGAGCAGCUGUACGGAUUUGUUCAUGGAGCAUAUGGAAUUGGUGCGACUGUGAGUCCGCUUAUUGCGACAGCUAUGGCGUCGUCUGGGAUCAAAUGGUCUUACUUUUAUUUCAUAUUGAUGGCCUACAAUCUUUCUGUAUCGGCACUAUGUGGGUGGUCAUUCAAAGGAUGCGAUAGAGAUAUUGGAACUAGUCAUUUCAUUCUCAAGAACCGAAAUGCCAAUAUACCAAAUCCCUCUGCAAUUCAGUCUUCGUACCCUGUCACGUCUGAUACUAGACACGAGCGAUCCGUUUACCACGACGCAUUGCACGACAAAGUCUCUUGGAUCGCGACCUUCUUCAUUUUCUUCUAUCAAGGAGCUGAGACAACGAUCGGAGGAUGGAUCGUGUCUUUUAUGAUUGAAACUCGCAAUGGCGAUGCAUCCAAAGUUGGAUAUGUAUCGGCUGGAUAUUGGGCAGGCAUUGCCAUAGGACGUCUCGUUCUCAACCAAGUCCUGUCAAAGAUACUCAAACCCCGUACCGCAAUUUACGUGCUUCUUGGGCUCGUUAUAGCGUUCGAUCUCAUGGCCUGGCUGAUCCCAAACAUCAUCGGCGGCGCUGUGGCAGUCGCCAUCGUGGGCCUCUUCGUCGGCCCUAUCUUCCCUUCGGCCAUAACCACAAUCAACGACCUUCUUCCGCGGAAGACGCAGUCGUUCACGCUCACGCUCACGACAGCCUUCGGAUCGACGGGAGCAGCAAUCUGGCCUUUUGUUGCUGGCCUGUUGUCCGAGUCGCAUGGCAUAUGGAUCGUCCAUCCGCUUGCGAUCUCGCUGUUUGGCAGCAUGCUCGUGCUCUGGUAUUUCCUACCGGCUCAGGCCAAUAAACGUGACUGA